GAACGCGCGAGCGCCGUCUUUUCGAAAGACUCCCGAAAACGGAGCGCUGGGCCUAUGCCGCUGGCGUUAGGGGCUACAUGCGCCAUUGGCGCUGGCCUGCUGGGGGCGCUGGCUGCUUCCUCAGCCAAGCUGUCUUUGGGCGCUGAUUACUUGCGGGCUGCUUGCCAAGCCGUCCUCGGGGAAGAAGAGACCACCGGGGAAACCUGUACCUGGGUAUCCAUGAUACUUCGAGUAGUUUGUGGUGGUCUAGUGUUUGUGUGCAAUGCCAUAAUGUGGACUUUCUUUGCUAAAGCUUUAAGAUAUUCCUCCUCCUCAGCUACAGUAACUGUGACAUCAACAGCAUCCAACCUCAUCUUUUCAGCCUUUUUAGGAAGAUUGUUGUUUGGAGAAAUAGAUGACCUGUUAUGGUGGAUUGGAAUAUUCAUUUCCCUUCUUGGACUUCUGUUACUUCACACCUCACCAUCUCUACUAGAACAACAAAUCUGUCUAAAGGAGAAAAAGAAAUAGAAUGCAACAGGCUUUUAAUUCAUAACACAGAAAAGAAAUAAACAAAUAAAAUAGGACUCCAGGUUUGGUGGAAGUACAGAAUUGCCAUGAUGUACUUAUAGCAGAUAUUGUUGUGCUAGAUACUCAAAAUACUUUAGUCACAGUGACCAUAAACAGAAUUUUGGAAAAAAGGACAGUCAUCAUAUUUGUGACACUUGAGGAAAUUUGGUGAAUAAUUAUCAUAGUUUACCAUGAUCAACUGGAAUAAAGGAUCUUUCACAAUUCUUAAGAAAGAUAUGGUAUUAAGUGCAAUAGGUUUUCCCCUUUUCUGCAUUAAGCUGACUAAUCACAAGAGAGAGUAAGAAGUAAAUCCAAAUUGACUUCUUUUCACAUUACAAAAUAUAUCUACUGUAUGUUGUAUGCUGAUGGAGUUGGCAGUAUUGUAUCCAUGAUAAUGAGAUUACCAAAAUAAAUAUCAAAUACACAUUUUUAAAUAAUUUACAUCAACAAAAAUAUAAAAGUGAUGACAUCAAUAUGAUUAUACAUGCUUUGUGAAUGCCACCAGUUUAAUAUAAUCAACCAACUAUAGAUUAAUGCAACAUAGAGUAUUUAACAGAAAAAUUCCUAUCAGAAAAAUGAGCUGCUUUUAUUGAAAGUCAAAGCUACAUACUCAAUUAGAACAAUAUGCAAAGUCAACUGUAAGAAUUUAAAAUUUGUUCCCAUUUUAUAAUGUAAAGAUACUCACACUUUAAAAAAGAUCAGUUCAGAAGAUGAAUUUCAACAUAAAAAUAAAUGUUGUUUCCUUUGAAAUCUUAAUUUAACUAUUCUUGAUCUUUUUAAUAUCAAAACAAGUGUUUGUGAGUUUUUGUGUUAGUCCCAUGACUAAUAAUACCACUCAGGUUCUUUGCUGUUGGAUAUUUCUCCCUCCCUCCAUCAGGAUUUGAUUUUGGUGUGUUUUAUUGUUAAUUUUUGCAAACUGAACUUUCUUUUUCUAGAACAGGUUCAAAUAUGGGCAAGAGAAGUCUGCCUCUUGGCAAACUUCUUUAUGGGGUUCCCCCGAAUUCUGCUUUCUCCAUUCUGCAUGAAGCUGCUAGAUUGGGUUAUCUAUAGGUAUGAGGUUAAAUAUAUUCCAGUUGUAUAUUUCUAUUUCUGGCUGUUGCACUCAACUCCCAUAAUCCUUUAUGGCCCAACCAGUCUAGAAGUUAUUACCAUAAAUGCCGGCGUACAAGGCGAUCCGGCGUAUAAGACGACCCCCGUCUUUAUAGCCGGGCCACAUUCCUAGAACGUCGUCUUAUACGCCAGAAACUACCAGUAUUUCCGGCGUAUAAGACGACCCCCGUCUUUGGCGCCGAUUUCAGCACUCGCGGAAGUCGCCUUAUAUGCCGGCAUUUACAGUAGUCAUAGGAAACGUGUAUUUACAUUCAACCUGUAAAUAGACUACUGUUGGAAUUGAAAACACUUAUAAUCUUAGUUCCAUGGCUUUAAAUUUUUGAGAAUUUUCUAAUUUAUUACAUCCUAAGAAACAUCUACAAGUUUUAAAACAGUGAGUUUUAUGCUGUGCGCCUGGUAGUUACAGUCAGGACAAUGUUUUUUAAUGGUUUAAAUUAAUAUAAUUGGAUUACUUAAUAAUUUCAAUGUCAUGAAAUAUGUAUAUUUGAUGGGUUGUGGGAAAUAUGCCAAAGCUCUGGAGAGAUACAGAUCACCUUUUUCUGCCUUACCCUGCUGCCUUUUAAAAAAUCUUUACUCAGAAUAACCUCUGAGGUGAAACUCAAGAUUCUGUAUAUAAAAACAAGUAAAUUUGACAUAUCAAAUAUGUACUUCAA